GUGCUAAAGAACAAUCCCAAGCUGUUCUUCUUUCUUUCUGGGGAUGACAACAAGGUGGUACUGGAGGAUGAUCAUACCUACGAGGGUCUGGAAAUUGACCAGACGGCCACCUACGAGGACAUUGUGACACUUCGGACUGGAGAAGUUAAAUGGUCAGUGGGCGAGCACCCAGGCCAAGAGUGAAGGCUUCCCCCAUCUGAUGAUCCUUCCCAUGCUCCCCAUCUCUCCACCAACCUUCUGGAGAGAACUCAUCCAGCUACUCAGCUUCAUGGACCUGUUCUGGUUCCCAGCCCGAAACGCCUUUCUCCUCUACCUAUAACUGUCCCAUAACUGUCCCACCUCCAGGCUUACUGGCCCAGUUCUGCCUUCCUACCGCCAAUCCCUCUCACCUCACAACCAUCUCCAGAGGGAUAUAGGCCUGCAGGGUUUAACAGAACACAGCUUUAAGGAAAGUUAUCCCUGGAAGGCUCUUUGGAGUUGGCCAUGUUUGGGAUGGCUGGGGUUGGGAGGAGAUAGAGUAGAGAGAGACCCAGACCUGGGGGGGAGAGGGGAGGUAAGGCAAAGAAAAACAGAGAUUUGAAGUCUAGUGAAGAAGAAAGGGAGGAAACCUGUAAAUCUGACUCAGAUGGACCUAGAAGACCAGGCCAUACUUGAAUCCCUACAGUAUCAUUCCUCCAGUCCUAAUGAAAGCCAGGACCAGGAGAGACUCUGAACACUUGGCCGGCCAAUUGACUCAAUCCAAAUUGGGGGUUAUGGAAAUAUAUCCCCUUCUCCCAUCUUCCAGGGACUUAUUGAGCCUUUCUUGGUGUCCUGUGCAUAGCCUUUGAUGUAAUAAACUGUGUGUUUUGAGAAAACACA